AUGUCGGAUACACGAAUAUAUUCUGGUUUCUGGACAGAUCAUACCAGAGGUUCGGUCGCUGGAACAGCGUUGACAGUCAGUAACCAACCGGGACUAUAUGUGAUUGCGUUCCUUGCCUUGUGGGUGCGAUUAGUGGGCAGUCACUUCUGGACCAUCCUCUGCUUUGUUUUUCACCAAUUACGAGCCAGUCCUCAUCCCCAGGAUGCACUUCAUCAUCAGCACCAAUUUUUACUACGCAAUUCCCAAUCAAACAUUGGAACCCUAUGGGACUUGACCAAGGUUGCUUGGUACUGGAAGUCUUCAACCCGAAGUUUCAUGCGAUCCUUUCCGCUCCUUGCAUUGGCGCUCUUCCAUGCUUUUCUGUUCACUGCCGCUGCCUUUUUCUCAUCGCAGGUAGCCUCGACAUCGAACCUUGUCCUUCUGGAGCGGGACGCGGCUUGUGGGUACUUGAUGUUCCCUAACCAGCUCGACACACUCGAUGAGACAAAGCAAGCAACCGAAUGGUACAUUGCGAACAAAGCCAAUGCUCAAUGGGCACUCAGCUAUGUUGAACAAUGUUACGGCUCGAAUGCCAGCACGAGUAACUCGAUGUGCAACACGCUUGUUCACCGCACGCUGAAUCUAAGCUCGAGCACGGUAGACUGCCCAUUUCCGAAUGCCACAAUGUGUCGAGACAAGGCUUUCCAGGUUGACAGUGGUCAUCUCAAUUCGGCAGAGCAUUUGGGAAUCAACUCACUUCCCAGGGACUCACUUGACUACAGAGUUGUUAAAACUUGUGCUCCAAUACAUCAUGAGGGAUUCUACUUCUAUAAUUCCAGCGGGGAUGCAGUCAGCAAUGAUACCGAUACCCAGUAUUACCUGAAUUUUGGGCGGUAUUAUUCCAGACAAAAUAAUGCUACAUUCUCUUUUCGCCGCAGCGAGCUGCUCUACCCAAGUCGAGCAUAUAGAGCCCUCGACUCUGUUGGAUCCAGUUUCAGACCCAUCGAUGGGCUCAAUCGUACAGACGGCGAUGUAACACUGGUUCUGCUGUUCAAUUUUGCCGGGUAUGCAGAGCCGGUUGAAGAUCCAUGGUUCCUAGCUGAUGACAAAACCGAAUAUGUCUCGGGUGCCACGCGGUACACAUCACCAUCAACCAUUUCAGUCAUGGGGUGUGUUGAACAACAUGAAUUCUGCCUUAGACCCGGCAAUUGUUCUGGCCUUGUUGGCCUCGAAGAAUUAGGCAACUACCAGAUCGACACCGAUCGCAGUAAAGCGCAACUUUCCGUUGCUCGACAUAUGUUCAAUGCCAUACAAUACAGUACCCUCACAUACACGCUGGCAGCUGUAGGAACCGAUCUUCUAAAAGCAUCAUCUGGCAUGGCUGGAGAGCAACGGACUGAUCAUAUUGGACUUCCCAAAGACCAAUGGAAACAAGAGAUUCUAUAUUGGGGCCAGCACUCGGUCACCAAUCUUCAAAGAGCCCUCCAGUCAUAUGUGAAAGGGCCCGCUCCAGCGGACUCACCAUAUCUUGCGAAGCCUGAUGAGGAUCUUCUUAAAGACUUCGACCCUUGUGCUGCUCAGGUUAUUCGAGACCCAAAUCACUAUUCAAUCAACGUCUUUGGGCUUUAUUUUACACUCGGCUUGGGCCUAUUCGUCAUCGUGUUGAAUUGUUCCCUGCCAGCGAUUGUCUCGAAGCUGCAGAGUUGGAGCCGCACCACAAGUUAUCGCCACCAGCAAUACGAGCUUGACAAUGCUUUUCAAGUGCAAAGACUGGCCUAUGAAAAUCUGGGGCUUGGCCGCUGGACCUCAUUGGAAAAGCUAGUCCCGGUAACGCAGAAAGGGGAAAAGUUCGGACAACCGGUUAGAGCAUCAAAUGCUCCAUACCACUUACGAAGCUUCUCACAGACACCCCUCAUUUCCCCUUAUCUUGGCCAGCGUGGAUUGUCAUAUCCUCCAUCUCAAUACUCCAAAGUAUCGCAGGAGGAGGAUCCCUUUCAAUCGCCGAACUAUAGACCAACUCACGUACCAUGA